AUGCUGUCGCGGGGGGUGCGGGAGCUGGCCCGGCGGUGGCUCCCAGCCCUGGAGGCCACCCCUGCCACGGCCGGUCUGCACACAGAGGCUGCGCAGAUUUACAGCGAGCGACUCGCCAGUCCAGGGGCAGGCUCUGGACCAACUGCUGACACCGGCACGAUCUGCGUGGUGCAUGGCCUGCUGGGGGUUGGCCGGAACCUGGCCACCCUCACCCGCACCCUGCUGGCCCGGGCCGAGCAGCAGUCCGGCAGGCCCUGGCAAGCCGUCCUCCUGGACCAGCGGUGUCACGGGAGGUCGGGUCACCUGGGCUUGCCUCCUCCGCACAUCCUGGCUGCCUCGGCAGAGGACAUCCUGAGGCUGUUUAGCAGCGGACUAGAGUAUGCAGAUGCCCCUGAUGUCCUCAUCGGCCAUUCUCUUGGAGGGAAAGUGUGCCUGGAGCUGACAGCCCAGAUGUCGCGGCUGGGCAAGCCUCCUUCCCAGGCAAGACAUGGCAAUGGGACGCUGACCUCCAUGCUGAGAGGAAGGCGACGGACCUGGGUGCUCGACUCCUGGCCCUUCCGGGCCAGGGAGUCGUUUGGGGAGCUGAGGGACACGGAGCGAGUGCUGGACGCCGUCGCCGCCAUCCCCCAGCCCCUGCCCAGCCGGGAGGCCUUGUACCAGCGAUUGGGGGAGCAGGGCUUCAGCGAAGGACUGCAGCAGUGGCUGGGCAGCAACCUGCGCCAGCGUGGCAAGGGGCAGUACGUGUGGCAGUUUGAUCUGGAGGGGGCGAGGUCCAUGCUGGAGGACUAUUGCACGCAAGACUACACCGACCUCCUGACCACGCCGCCGCCGGGGACCACAAUACACAUGGUGCGUGCUCUGGAGUCGGAUCGCUGGACCGAGGAGAGCGUGGAGACGCUGCGGGGCCUGGCUGCGGUGCCUGGCAUGGCAGACCGGGGGGUGCUGGAGUACCACGAGCUCCCAGACGCCGGGCACUGGGUCCAUGUGGACAACCCCCAGGGCCUCCUGGACAUGAUUGCGCCCUCCUUAUCGAAGACCCUGUGA